AUGGAUUUGAAUCUUCUUCACCAUCAUCUAGCGAAGAAGAUAGAAGGGAAAAAGUUUUUAGUUGUUCUUGAUGAUUUGUGGAAUGACGACUACACUGAGUGGUGUGAUUUGAAGAGUUUGCUUUACAAUAGAGUGGAAGGAUGUAAAAUCCUUGUUACAACUCGCCACGAGCGCGUUGCUUUGACGGUUACAACUAUCCCAUCAUCUUAUCACCUAGAUGUCUUGUCUGACGAAGAUUGUUGGUCAGUUUUUGCUGCACAUGCUUUCCAAUUUAAAGAUUUAACUGUGAAUUCCUGCUUAGAAAAAAUUAGAAGGGAUGUCACUAGCAAGUGUAGAGGAUUGCCUUUAGCAGCAAAAGUACUUGGGGGACUUUUUAAAUCACAGCUUCAUAAAGAUUGGAAUAAUAUAUUAAAAGAAUCCUUGUGGGAUUCAUUCGAUGACAAGAUCAUUCCAGCUUUAAGAGUCAGUUAUUAUUAUCUUCCUUCCCGUUUAAAACAAUGCUUUGCUUACUGUUCUUUAUUUCUUGAGGAUUAUGUAUUUGAUAAGGAUGAAUUAAUCAUGAUGUGGAUGGCAGAAGGUUUUUUGGAGACCACAAAAAGGAAAAUGACUUUAGAAGAAGUUGGUGAUGGGUAUAUUGGUGAUUUGACUUCAAGAUCAUUCUUUCAACCCUUACCCAAAAAUCAGCAAUACUUUUCACAUGGGUAUGAUAUAAGAGAUAGGCAUUUUGUAAUGCAUGAUCUCAUUCAUGAGUUAGCAAGUCAUGUUGCCGGAGACUUCUACUUUAGAUUAAGGGAAAAUAGAAACGAAAUUGGUGUCAUGACUCGCCAUUUGUCAGGCGACUUUCCAAUUUGUCCAGACUUAGAUCAUGAGGCUUUUCAAAAAUUAAAAGGCUUACGAACAUUUAUAGGAUUGAGUUUUUACUCUAUUUUUGGGCCUUUUGAAAAUGCUUCUCAUAUUCUAUCAUCUAACCUGAGGUACCUGCGAACGUUGUCACUUGUAGACCUGCCUAAUUUAAAGAUGGUUCCCGAGUCAAUUGGAAAAUUCAUCCAUUUGCGCUAUUUGGAUCUAUCUGACACAGACAUUGCAAGUCUACCUGAUUCAAUCUGUAAGUUGUAUAAUUUACAGACAUUAAAGUUGUGGCAAUGUCUUUCUCUCCUGACUCUGCCAAGUGACAUGCAAAAACUUAAAAAUUUACGAUAUCUCGACGUCAGACGCACUUUGUUGAAAGAAAUUCCGAGGGGGCUGGCUAAAUUAAAAGAUUUGCAAUUUUUAAGUAACUUUAUUGUUGGGAAAGAGGAGGAGACAGGGAUUACAGAAUUGGGAGAAAUUUCAAAUUUGAAGGGUGGGAUUGAAGUUAGUCAGCUAGAGAAUGUCAAGAAUGAAGAUGAAGCAGAUGGUGCAAGAAUGAUGGAGAAGGAGCGAAUUGAAACUUUAACAUUAUCAUGGUCGGGUUUUGGUGAUGCGGAAGAUUCAAGCAGGGAGAGAAAUAUUUUGGCCAAACUUCAACCUCAUUGGGAUUUGAAAGAAUUAGAAGUUAAAUGUUAUAGGGGCACAAUAUUUCCGGAUUGGUUGGGAAGUCCUUCCUACCACAACAUGAACUUGUUGCAACUGGUGAAUUGUGAAAAUUGUUGCAUGCUUCCCCCUUUAGGACAGCUCCCCGCUCUGAAGACAUUAUCUAUUAGUGGAUUAAAACGUGUAGAAAGAAUUGGUGAUGAGUUUUUGAAGGUUGAUGAUUGUUCUCCCAUGGUACCAUUUCCAUCCCUUGAAUAUCUUUCCUUUUCAAGCAUGGAAUCCUGGGAACAAUGGCUUUCCACUAACAUGGAAGCUUUCCCUAAACUUCGAAAACUCACAAUAACUUCCUGCCACAAGUUAGUUGGAAGUCUACCUUCUCAGUUGCUUUCUUUAGAAACUUUGGAUAUUAUAUAUUGUUCAUUGUUUUCUUCUCCUAUUCCGAGGUGUCCCAAACUUCAGAGUUUGCGCACAUAUAGAACUGGAAAUGUGGUAUGGCAAGAGCCAGAGUUACCUCAGGCCCUUUGCACUCUAGAAAUUUUAGAUUGCCAGAUGUUGGAAUCAGUGUCGGAGGCACUCGCUAAACCUUCACAUCUGCAAAAAUUACGUAUCAUUGGUUGCCCCAAUACAUCAACUUUAAUGAUUCAUUUGCUCCAGUCAUUACAAGAAUUAUACGUACACUUGAGUAAAAAUAUUGAUUUUGUGAUGAGUUCAACCGCUCCUCUUCAAAGUCUUUGGUCUAUUUAUAUUCAGAGUUGUAGUUUUGUGAAGUUUAUGAUAGAUGACAUGGAAGGUGUCCUCCCAAAUUUAAGAAAGCUAAUCAUAUUGGAUGUUAAAGGGACGGAAGGAUUUCUAGAAGGGCCUCUUGUGCCGAGUUUGAGAGAACUUUAUGUUGAUCCGUGUAACAUAGAGUUCUUAAUAUCCCAUCAAGCAUGGCACCUCCUAAGAAAUAUCACUUGCCUUAGUAUUUCUGGUCCAAUUGAUGAAAGUUAUGUCACCAAGUGUUUUCCAGAGGUGGGUUUUCUUCCUACCACUCUCACCACUUUGGAAGUCCUUGGCUUUAGUGACUUGGAGACAUUGAAUUGCACGGGACUUCAGCAACUAACCUCUCUCCAAAAACUAAAGAUCGGUUGUUGUGACAAGCUGGAGAAAAUGUCUGGGGAAAAGCUGCCUACUUCUUUAACAGAGCUUCACUGUUGGGUUUGUCCAUUGCUUAAAGAAAAAUACCUCAAUAAGGAUGAACAACUUUUGCGCCAGAUAUCCCACAUCCCACUCAUCAACAUACGUUGA